GUUUUCUGCACUGAAGUUCUUACGAUUUUGCUUUUGUAGAACAUACGGUUCAGAACAAACUUAUUCUUCGAUUGAAUCGUGUGUAACAACUGCUGCAUUUGUUCCAUAAUUGGUUAGAAGAUUUAAAGGAAAUAUAAGAUAAAUCUUACUGAUGGAACACGGACCGAUCUCUCAGCAACUCAUAGAGCACCUGGCGUCGCAAUAAAAUUAAUAUUAAAUAAAUGUACAACAAGAGGACAGUACAGAAUUUUAGAACUUCUUUAUAGUUCACAGUCUAUAACAAAAGAAUACAUUACAAGAUUUGAAAACUUCAUUGAAGCAAACUUUGACGACUGAGCAUCUGUCACACGCUGGAAUCAUCAUAGGGGAUAAAACUAUCUGAAUAAUGAUGGCCACCAGCUUAAAUAUAAUUGAAAAACAACACGUCUGUAGGGAACAACAGUAUAUAAGCUUAUGACAGAUUGUUAGCAUGGAAUAUUAGCUAGUGAAUUACCGUCUCAUUUGACGGAGUAGCUGUGAAAAUAGAUGAAAAUUCUACAUAUUGUUAGAAAUAAUUACAUGUGGGUGUGAUUAUUUGACUUCGUUGAAAACGGUGCUUAUUCUGCGAACUGAAAGAAUCAGUAAGGUUAUCGGAGAACGCCCGCGCAGUGUAACUGGGCAGUAUUAUAGAGCUUUUGGCUUCUAACAAGAGGCAAAUAUUCGGGAAUAAUUACUCCGACAGUUAUUGCUGUGAUACAAGAAAAGUACGUUCUUUCACUUGUUACGCUGUGCUGCCAACUACAUUAUAUAUAUAUAUAUGUUGUUAAUAAAACCGUGAACUGGAUGUUUUGCUUAAUCAUAAUAAUAGAUAGCAAUAUAUUUGCAGAGCUUGGAUUUAAAUGUACACAUAUUUAAUAAAAACGGAGCCUUGAAAAAAAAUAAAGAAGUGCAUAAUUAUAGUACUGUGAAUCGAAUCGAUGGACAUAGAUAAAGGAAUAUCUUGUUUGAAAGUACAAAAAUAUUAUUAGAACUAAAUCUAAAGGAAUCGACAUUCAAGUUUCGGAAGAAAGUCUUAGAAUCUCUGUGAUAUAAGAGAUCUGCUCAUUUGUUAAAGUGUUUUCACGUUUGUGAAUAGAGGCGUACAAUAAGCGGACAAACGUGAUAAGGAAUAGGCGAACGCAAUUAAAAUUCAUUGGUGCCAGAGAUACAAUUUUGUAUUCUAUGACUGGUAUUUAUUUAGAAAAAAAGUCGCUAAUAUUAAUUAAUUUAGAAGAUUGGAAAUUUAUUAGUUAUGAAAAAUUGUUUUGUUAAUUUGUUUUAUUAUGAUAACAUAGCAUAAACUACUUGUUAACACAGUUUCUGGAACUUAGAAAACACGAGUUUAUCUAACAUGGCAGACGGGACGAAAGUUGAAUAUACUGCUGAAAGUAGUGAAAAUGUGACAGUAGAAAUUGAACAAACAAAUCAAACACAUAAAACUGGGCCGUGUCCAAACUCCGUACAUGACAUUGAGCUGGACCUGAAAUAUCGCUUGCUUGUACUUUACCUUACAAUUUCACUUUGCAUUGUGGGUAGUAUACUUGUUGUGCUUUGGAUGGUAUGUAACCGGCGAAUUUCAAAAAAGUUCAACCAUUUGUCCAGAGUGAAUGCUUUUAUUUUGAAUCUAACAUUAGCGGAUGUGCUGGUCAUACUGCUGGCUGUGCUCCCUCAGCUUGUAUGGGAAUAUGUCGACAGAGAAUGGGUAGCUGGUGACGUUAUGUGUCGUCUAGUCAAGUUUCUGCAAAUUUUCUCGAUGGUGUCAAGUAACUACAUGCUUGUUGUGAUCGCGCUGGAUAGGCACAAGGCUAUUAGAUCACCACUUAAGGAAAGCAUCUCGCGGAAGCGAGCGUAUGUUUGGAAAAUGGCAGGAGCGGGAUGGGCUCUUGCCUUUGUGAUGUCAUUACCAGUCAUGGGCAUUUUCCAUACAAACGUUGUUGAAGGAAAAACAUACUGCGAAAAUAUAUUUCGCAACCUUCCGCUUUUACACAGACAGAUAUGGGUGACCUGGAAUUUUAUCAUCGUGUUCUUUGUUCCUUUAAUCAUGCUUAUUGUUUGCUAUACGAGAAUAUUUAUGAAGAUAUCACGAAAAGCGAACCAAAAUAGCGUCAAAUACAAGCCAGGAAAGGUUUGUCUGCAGAGCACACAUUCGAGCUCUUUGCCAAAAGCGAAACUAAAGACUCUUAAAAUGACGUUUGUGAUCAUUUUGACAUUUAUAAUUUGCACAAUGCCAUAUUUUAUUGUUGAAAUGAUUAUGAGUUAUGGAGAUCACUGUAUUAUAUCAAAGAAACUGUAUGCACUUCUAGGAGGAAUGGCAGCAUGUAACUCGGCCACAAACCCCUAUGUAUUUUUACUUUUUAAUGUGCAGUUUAACAAGCUUAAGAUGUUGUGUAAUUGCAACAAAUCCGGAAGUCCAAUUUAUAGGAACCAACAAUCGUGUAAUACUGGUACAACAGGAGUUACCUCACAUUCAACUUUUCGUAAAAACAAUGUGAACCCAAAUCCGUUUUUCCGUCAAGACACGACCGAUAGCCAACUAGAGAUGAAAGUUAUGUGUCAUGGUAGAUAAGGAUGGUGUUGUCGUGCAUCAAACAUUAACUGAGGGAAAAUAGUAUGAGUGCAUAUUUCAAAUUACUUUAAUUGCUUUUGAGGCUUAAGAUCAUUUUUUUGCAAAGAGGUCAAGUGUCUAAAUUAUUCCUUCGUUAAAUUAGAUCGCAAAAUGAAAUAAGGGAAUACGGUAUCAUUAAGCUUGCAACGCCGUCUCUUUUAUAGUCAUGUUCAUUUUCCACCUAAUCUAGAUAAGAAUUCCCAAAGAUGUCUGUGCUCAUGAUCCGAGAUCCGAUUUCUAUAAUGUCUGUUUUAACGAAGAGGAAAAUGCUCACUUGAUAACUAUUGAUAUAUUAAUGCGCAAUCAAAGCCUUAGUUUUGAAAAUUAUUGCUUUUAUAUGAAACAAACAUUAUGCUCCUUUAGUGAUCUCUAAAACUGCAAUGUAACAUUAGGAUGCAAUUAAACUAUAACAUUAUGUUGAACGAUAAGUUAAUAAAAUGCUACUGAUCUCGGUCUUUCCGACGAUUUAUUAUCACGUUACAUAUUGUUUUUAGGUUUCAUUACGAACCAGUCUAAUAAUUAUUUUUAGAUUAAGUACUCCGGUUUAAUGAAUAUUGUGCAAAUAUAAUAAAUGUAACACAAAAACUGCAACUCUUCUCGCAUUGCUUUUCGUAUACUUACCAAUCUGUUUGUUUUUACAAUUUUGUUCCAGUGUAUGCAAAUUCUGGGACUACUAGAUUGCAGGUGAACUGCUAACUGCCCAAGGUCUUCAAAUACCUGUGUGAAAAUAAAAGUAUGAAACAGUUAAAAAAACAAUUAGAGCCACUAAAGUUUUAUUACUAUUGACGAAUAUGUUAGUGUUUUCUUUAACGAAUUAUUCAAUUUAUCAAUGCUAAGCUUAACAACCAAUAAACAGCCAAAGAUUUGCAAAAUUUUAUUUCACUAACCUGUACGAUACUAGACUAGAUCGUACUAUGUCUAUUAGGUGAAUUCACUAAGAAAGUAAAUCAUUUAUUUGACCAAUAUGGGGGUUGCUAAUGAUUGCAUACAUUUUUUCUUGUUGACAUAUAAACAGAUCAUAGAUCACACUACUGUCUUUGGUUGUUGCGUUCACUUCGCUGAGUUUCAUUUUCGCAAAGCUUGAUUUAAUUAUGUCAAUAUGUAAACUACUUGUUUGUUUGUUAUGUCUAGCCUAUGGUAGUUAUAAAAAUGUGUAAUGGAGGCAUGAAUGAAUAAAAAAGCUAAUGAUUAAAGUGGCUUUUUUAUCUGAUACAUAGUAAGUUAAGUAUUAAAACAAAAUAUAUGAUUUAAAUCGACUGGAUUCCAUACUUUGGCUAGACAUGAUUUUUCUUUAAAAUUGAAGGUUGUUCAUAUCAUGAAACUUAGAACAUGAAUUUAUUGCUUGUAAACUAUUUUCUGUUUUACAAAAUGAUAAAUCAAGACAAAAACAUUUCACAGUGGGAAUAUAAUAAAACCCUUCCCACCACUUUCACACAUACACAAUGGAGGAACUCGUACUUAACGACUAUUUAUAUAAGGUUUUAAAAUUUAGGCGUUUUCAUUCGGUAACCUGUUACAACCGCUUUUCAGUUUUGAAUACAAAAAUUAGUAAAACAAAUUAGUUCUAGUGUAUUUCUAAAGCAUAUAAUUUGUUAGUAACCAAGUUUCAGAACCUUCUUAACCCUUAUGAUGAUGGACACGAUUGGUUCUGCCUUUGCGACCAAUGUAGAUCAUGAUCAGACUGCACGGAAAGAUAUGCACUGUUCGCCAUUCAGUCAGUAUCUUUUUGGUAAGUAUCCCGUUUAACAGUGAAUGGUACUGUCCAAAUUGAAAGAUGAACAGACAAGUUCAUUAUAGAAUAUAGCAGGGUAAGGGUUUAGAAACAUAGCAAUGAUGUCCUGAUAUCUAUUUUAAACGUUUCUUCUUCUGUCGUAUACAAAAUGGAGGCCAGGCCCUAAGAAUUUCAUCGCAAUUAUAUGUUCAUGUAGAUAAACAUGCUGAUAAAAUAAAUUCUAGUU